CAGACGCAGCCUUUUCUAGGGUGGCCGAAGGUGCAAUGAGGAGUUUGUAAAUUUCGUCGUUAUAAGAUUUAAAUUUGUAUAUUAGAACGAUCAUGAUUUCGAAGGCUGCAGUCGGUAUCGCCGUUGGCAUAGCUGGAAUAUUCGUUGGAUAUUGCUUUUAUUUCGAUCAAAAGCGUCGCAGUGAUCCAGAUUUCAAAAAGAAAUUGCGUGAGCGUAGGAAAGCUAAGAAGCAAGCUCAAAAAACUAGUUCAAAAAUUCCAAACUUAAAAGAUCAUGAAGUUGUACAAAGAUUUUUCUUACAAGAGGUCCAACUUGGGGAAGAAAUGCUUACGUAUGGCGAUAUAGAGGGUGGAACUGAACAUUUAGCAAAUGCAGUUGCAGUUUGUGGGCAACCUACACAAUUGUUACAAGUUCUUCAAAAGACACUGCCACCACAAGUUUUUCAACUUUUAUUGCAAAGACUACCAGCUAUUGGUCAGAAGCUAGCAACUCAGGCUACAAUGACUGAGGAAGAUGUUGAAUAAAACAAUAUAAAAAUUGCGUUGAGUAAUUCAAAAUAAAAUCUAAUCAUUAGUAGAAAGUGUAUACUUUUUUUGAUAAUGUAGACAUUUGCGUGGCUUCAACUUGAUCAAGCCUUUUAACUGUAUCUCUUGUUCUCCUUGAUUGAACUUCCAUACUCCUUGAUAAUUAUGUAUAAAUAAUCAACUAAAAUCGUGAUAUAAUCAUAUGCAUUUAAAUUUCAAAUGGAAAGAACUUUUGUAUUAAGUUGUUAAAUAUAAAGUCUUCGUUUAAAAAUCGCAUUAGCUACUUCAAUAUUUUGACUGCCACAAUGAGUAUUCGUUAUAUACAUAUAAAAUAAUUAUGUUGCAAAGGCAGCCAAAUAUGUACAUCACAUAGAACAUAGAAAAUUCUCUAGUCACAUAAGAUUUCCUUUAUCACAUUAUUUGAUAUGACUGCAAUAAAUUAAUCAUAUUAAGCUGUUCCAUGAUUUUUAAGAAAAGCAGAAGUAGAAAAAUUAAUUAAGGAGUAUAAUAAUUGAUCUAAUCCUAAUCACUAACAACACGUUUGGUCUUACAGAAAUUUCAAAAUAAUUUUUUAUAUCAGUUGUAACAUAUUCGAACAUAAUACUCCUGCAAUAAGGAAUUCAUGGAAGAUGUGAUCUUAAAAUCGUAUAUCUUUUCCCUUGAAGCAUUUACAAAUGGUUACAAAAAUACUGUUAUGACUAAAUAUAUUUUAUAGGAUUUGCACAAAUCUAUGCAAAUAUGUAUUCUACCUUGUGAAUAUAAAAUUGAUAUCCUUGUAAUAGAUGUACCAUCUUAAACAUAGACGCAUACAUGACAUUAUUUUAAACGGUACUCACUAGCAUACUAAACUCUUCAUAAUUAUUUUUUUUAUAAAGAAUAUUCUAUUCUUGUAAAGCUAAAAAUAAUAAGCAAGAAUCAUAGUUUCUAUCAAGCAGAAACGAUUUUAUUAAAAUCUGUAUUAUCCAAAAACAAAUUGAAUCCUAUUAAUAAAAGAAAAAAAUAAGUUCAAUAAUACUUCAUUGUAUUUAUAAUUUCUUAUGUAUGUAGUAUAAUAAUUGAAUUGUUUAUAGGAAAAGGUUUAAAUAUAAUAAUAAUAAAAAAAUAACAAUUUAUUUUACUCUUUUAUUAAUGCAUUGUGGAAUUAGAAACAUAAACAAAGGCUAUGUAGGUUUUGAAUUUGAAUUCAAUAAAGCAGACCUGUGAGUGUCUUUUCAAAUUA